AGAGAAAAAAAGGGGAAGAAGAAAAGUCGCCAUCGCACAGAAGCGACUUGGGUGAUGAGAGAAGAAAACGGGGUCCGGGCCGGCGCCCCGUUAAGAAACGAGCCAACCACGGGCCGACGUGGGCACGACAUCAAAGAGUUGGCGUAGCCGACGGGGGAGGAGCUCCUCCAUCGGCUGCCAACGUCUCCAGCCAAUGGAUGGAUCCGUUUCGGGGGUGUAGCGCAAGCGCAUCCCCAAACUCUUAUUUUUUUCUUCUUUCCUGGGGUUUGUGCUCACGGUGGUACCUCCCUCCUUCACCACCACCCACCCCACCCCAGCAAGGGGCCAUCAGCCUACACACACACACACACACACACGAGUCCUGAACAGUUUUUGAGAGACAGACAGAGUCUAUACAGUGUCGGUGCUAUACGUGCCGGAUGAAAUAGUCGCGAUCCGCAAUAAGUUUUUCGUGUGUGUUGUUGACUCUAUUUUUUUUGUUUAGUAGUUAUUCGAUCCUUUUGUGUGUGUGUGUUAACCCCUGUAAAACAAAACUAUUUUACAGCAUCAAUUUGUGUGUGUGUGUGUGUGUGCUCCGGAGUUGUGUGUCUGUGAUCCGUUUCGAUUUAGAAAUUUAAACCAGCCGGAUUGACUAGACCAAAUUCAAUUUUGGAUUUGAUUAUUUGGGGAGAGAAAUGGUUCAGCAACAACAAUCCGACUGUAAGGAUAUACGGUCCAGGUCCAUGCAAAGAUCACCCACUCCUGAGAGUCUGCAUUAUGGCGGAGGUGACAGCAGCUACGGGAGUAACAGCGCCGGUCACAACAAUCACUGCUGCUGCGCCAACGGUGACCCCAACAGCCCCGGCUCCUCGUUCCAGUCCAGUCUGAAUCAUCCGCCAUCGUCCGGCAGCUGCUCGCAAACGGCCUGCGCCGGAUGUUCGUCAUCGGCGGCAGUAGCGGCUGCCGGUGGCAUCGCCUGCAACAUUGUCACAGCCACCGGACCCGUGUCGUCGUCCAGCAGCGGCGGGGCUGCCACCGCCGCCGGUGGGACGAUCCUGGCCGGAUCGUCGGCCGCCACCUCAUCGGCCAGCUGCAUCCCGUCGGCCGUCAAAUUCGAGCUGGGCCGCAUCGAAGUCUGCGAAGGCUGCGGAUUGGGCAUCGCCGACCGCUACGUGAUGCGCGUCGCCGACGGUUCCUGGCACGAGGAUUGUCUGGUCUGCUGCAUUUGUCACGCCCCCCUCGUCCACUCUUGCUUCACCCGCUCCGGAAGAGUCUACUGCCGUCAAGAUUACGACAGGGUUUACGGGGCCAAAUGCGGAAGAUGUGGCGAGCGGUUAUAUCCGCACGAACUGGUGAUGCGAGCCGGUUCUUCGUUGGCGUUCCACCUGCCCUGCUUCGGCUGUUUCAUAUGCGGCCGGCCGUUGCAGAAAGGUGACCAGUUUGUCGUCAGAGCUGGCCAGCUUCUCUGCCGGGACGACCUGGAAAAAGAUCUGUUCCUCAUCCAGUCCACCACCAACAACAACAACAACAACGGCGAAGAUUCAGCGGCUGACGACAGCAGCCGGCCGAGACACGAUGGCCGCCGGGGGCCGAAACGUCCGCGGACGAUCCUGACAUCCGCCCAGCGACGCCAGUUCAAAGCUUCUUUCGAAAUCAGCCCCAAGCCGUGCCGCAAAGUGCGCGAAGCCCUGGCCAAGGAGACGGGACUGAGCGUUCGGGUCGUCCAGGUUUGGUUCCAGAACCAACGGGCCAAGAUGAAGAAACUCCAGCGCAAAGCCAAAAUCGAAGCCGAGAAAAACGGAUCGUCCACAUCGGCCGCCACGACUUCCGGCGGCGACAAAAUCGGCAAAGACGGGAAAAUCGAUAAAAAGCGGUUCGGAGAUAGCGGCGACGGUCACGGCGGAGGCAAUUCGUCGCUCAUGUCCAACAUGCCCUACUCACCCAACGGUGACGGAUCUUACGUGGGACACUCUGGCGAUAGUAUGUGCGGGUCGGAUUUAUCGCUGGACGAUAGCGGCGGAUUUGAUCAGCUGGACGACGGCCAUUCGCUGAGCGGCGUCGACCUGCAGGACAUCCAGCAACAACAGCAACAGCAACAACAACAACAGCACGGCCCUCAUUCGAUGAGUUUACAUCAUCUCCAUCACCACCACCACCAUUUGGGCGACGCUUCUUCACCUCACCUUCACUCCUCCCACUCUGAAUUGAUUCCUCCGCCAUCCGGAGCCUAUCACCCCAUCAAUCCUAUCGACAAACUUUACUUGAUGCAGAAUGCCUACUUCCGUUUGGACCAAUGAAUUCACAAUGACAACCUGUCGAGAUCCUUAGCCAUUUUAGUCCUCCAUCACAAAAGUCAAGUCAGUCCGUUCUCACUCUACAAUUUUCUUUUGAAAAAAUAUUAUUAUCUUUGUAUAAUUUCUUGAUUUCUGGCGUUUCAUUGUAUAAAGUGUUAUUCCAACCCCUCCCUACCCCCAAAAAAUAACGUAAUCAUAAAAAAAAAAAAUUCCCUAGUCGUCGCAUGUUGUUUUCACCCCUGUAUAAUCAACUAAUCUAAAAAAUACUAAUAAUAAUCUAGUCAUCAAAUAGAUUUGAAAUCGAAUCUGCUGUCAAAGAUGAUUUUGUUUUCUUCCCUAAUUAUUGAGCCUAUUUGAUCGACUGUGUUUGUUUUUUAAAUUUCAAUUAUCUUCCCCUCAAUCCCAAUCUCUCCUUAUUAAGACAAAUCCGAAUUGAAAUUUGAAGAUGAUGAAUAUCGAUGAAUAUCCAAUAAGGGAUUCUUCUUUGAUGGCGAUGUACAGGCCGAGCAAUAAUUGAGGUGCAGAUUCCAUGAAACUGUGAAAUUGGCGC